UCAAUUCCCAGUUAUCUAAAAAACCCCCGAAAAAUUUUAAAUGGCAAGCAAAAGAAAGAAUUAUGCCAGUUAGCUAAAAAUAAUCCCAAUUUUACUCAACAGGAAUUGGCAAAUAAAUUUGGUGGUAUUGGGUGGUCAACUGUUGCAGAAAUUCUUUCACAAACAUCAUAUUGGCUUGAAUUAAAUGAAGAAA